CAUUAGAAAUAAGUGGUUUAAUGGUGUUGGACUGGCUUGACCGCAGUGCCUUGGCAUAGCUGAUGGAAGUGGUGUGGCUGCUGGAUUUGAGUUGUUGGGGGGAACCACUAGGGAGGCGCUGUGGAGCUGGAGGGCAAUCUCAGCUCUCUGGGGCUGGCUUGGGAGCCGGUGAUGCUCCUGUCCCCCCCUGCCAGUGCCAGCACUGGGGGGCAAAGGGAAGAGCUGUUGUCUGGGGAUUCUGCCACCAAACUGGGGGGAAGCUGCCCCUUGGGUGGGGUGACCCCCAGGGUGGGCUGCUGCUGCCUGCAUGGCUGUGAGCUCCACUUCCAUGCCUUCAAAAUGGCUUGUAACAGCACCACUUCCUGUCCAGGGAGGAAGUAAUUUUAGCCCAGGCACUGAAAUAUUUAGCAAAUCUUUAAAACAAAAGGCACAAAUUCCAUUUCUUUCUGGCUUCCAAAGGGUGCCUGAGCCACAUGGGGUUAAGGUGCCCCUUGAGCUGGGGUAGUUGGAAGGAGCCAGGGCUGUGGGGUAGCAGGCACCCUUUAGGUGGAGGCUCUCUCUUUUUUUGGUAGAAAUGAAGGGGUGGGUCUAUGGUACAUCACCUGAGUUGUGGGGUAAAUGUAGAGAGUGUCAAUCAAAGGCAGAGCUCAGAGCUGGGAAGGAGCUCUAGAUGGCGGCUGUGCCUUAGAGAGAGCGCGCUCAGCUCCGUGCCUUCCCCAACACUUUACGCAACUUUCCCUAACUUUCAGGCAGCCUCAGGGGGCCCCCACAGCCCCUUGCCUCUCCUAGGCACUAAUCGGGGGCCGAGCGGACCUUUUUCGGGCAGAAAAGCAGCUUUUGAGGGCUCCCUUUUCGUGCCUUGCUGGAAAGAAGAAGCCGUGGAGAGAGCCCAGGUCGUUGUUUUUCCAGCUUAGAAGCCAUGGCGUACCUCCAUUUUUGUGCGCUCUCCUAAUGAGCUUUUUCCCCCGGACAUUUUUGUACUAAUUACCGCUUCUUUUGCUUUAUCGGCAGCAUAUUUUUGGGAUUCGAAUAUAUUUUUUUUUUCAUUUUCUGAAAUUUGUAUUUUAUCGGUAUAAUUACAAAUAUUUUGGAUCUAAUGUUUUUCCACUACCCGAAACUAAUAUCGACUUGGUCCUGGCGGCGGUGCAUGGAUCAGGUAGUAAAUACCUGGGCACAGGACUUCAAAGCAAACAGACACCCCUGACCCCCUUUUAAUAUUUAAGAAUAAAAAGAUGAUGAGAAAUAAGGACAAAAGCCAAGGAGAGGAGGGUUCAGUCCACAGCAAUGCAUCGAGUCACUCGGCAUCCGAAGAAGCCUCUGGCUCUGACUCUGCAAGCCAGUCUGAAAGUGAGCAGGGCAGCGAGUCAAACAGCAGCUCCGAGUCCUCUGAGAGUCAGUCUGAAUCUGAAAGUGAAUCAACGGGUUCCAAAUCCCAGCAGACCCCUCCUGAAACCAAAGAAAAACCAGCCUCUAAGAAGGAAAGGAUAGCAGAUGUUAAAAAGAUGUGGGAAGAAUAUCCUGAUGUUUAUGGGGUUAGGAGGUCAAACCGAAGCAGACAAGAACCGUCACGAUUUAAUAUAAAAGAUGAGGCAAGUAGCGAAUCUGAAAACGAGAGCCCAAAAAGAAGACGCCAGAAGCAGUUGAAAAGAAAAAUUAAAUGGAAAAGAGAGGUCUCUGCUGGAGAAGAGGAUGAAGAUGGAGGGGAUCACGGCACCAGUGGAGAGAGUGAGCCUGAGCCGAAGAAAAUUAAAGCGAGAAGGCCUGUCCAGAGGAGAACAGUGGCCAAAACUGGUGUUAAAAAGCCCCACAAAAUCCAGCGUGGGAAGAGGAAGAAACCAGACUCAUCUGAAGAUGACGAUGAUGACGAAGACGAUGAGACCCCCAAGAGACAAACUCGGCGAAGAGCGGCCAAAAAUGUCAGCUACAAAGAGGAUGACGAUUUUGAGACGGAUUCUGAUGACCUGAUAGAGAUGACUGGGGAAGGAGCUGAUGAACAACAAGACAACAGUGAAACUAUUGAGAAAGUUUUGGACAUCAGGCUUGGAAAAAAGGGAGCCAUUGGAGCUUCCACCACAGUGUACGUGACCGAGGCCAACGGCAACCCCAGCGCCGACUUCGACCCCGAGAAGGAUGAGGGGGAGGUUCAGUACCUGAUCAAAUGGAAGGGCUGGUCAUACAUCCACAGCACGUGGGAGAGCGAGGAGUCCUUGCAGCAGCAGAAAGUGAAGGGCCUCAAAAAGCUAGAAAACUUCAAGAAAAAAGAGGAGGAGAUCAAGCAAUGGCUGGGCAAGGUAUCACCUGAAGAUGUAGAAUAUUUCAACUGCCAACAAGAGCUGGCUUCAGAGCUAAACAAACAGUAUCAAAUAGUGGAGAGGGUAAUAGCUGUGAAGACCAGCAAGUCUGCCACGGGACAUUCAGAUUUCCCAGCAAACAGUCGCAAAACAUCCUCGAAUGACCCCGAAUACCUGUGCAAGUGGAUGGGGCUGCCCUAUGCUGAGUGCAGCUGGGAAGAUGAGGCUCUGAUCAGCAAGAAAUUUCAGCACUGCAUUGACAGCUUCAACAGCAGGAACAACUCCAAGACGAUUCCCACCCGUGACUGCAAGGUGUUGAAGCAGAGGCCGAGGUUUGUUGCCCUGAAGAAGCAGCCCUCGUACAUCGGCGGGGAGAACCUGGAGCUGCGGGAUUACCAGCUGGAGGGCCUCAACUGGCUCGCUCACUCCUGGUGCAAGAACAACAGUGUGAUCCUGGCUGAUGAGAUGGGACUGGGCAAGACCAUUCAGACAAUAUCAUUCCUGUCAUACCUGUUCCAUCAGCACCAGCUGUAUGGCCCUUUCCUGGUGGUCGUGCCCCUGUCCACCCUGACCUCCUGGCAGAGGGAGUUUGAAGUGUGGGCACCCGAGAUAAACGUGGUGGUUUACAUUGGAGACCUCAUGAGCAGGAACAUGAUACGUGAAUAUGAGUGGAUCCAUUCUCAGUCUAAAAGAUUGAAAUUCAAUGCACUUAUCACAACGUACGAGAUCCUCCUGAAGGAUAAGACUGUUUUGGGAAGCAUUAACUGGGCCUUUCUUGGCGUGGACGAAGCCCAUCGGUUGAAAAAUGACGACUCCUUGCUGUACAAAACCUUGAUUGAUUUCAAGUCCAACCACAGGCUGCUGAUCACUGGCACCCCACUUCAAAACUCACUCAAGGAGCUCUGGUCUCUGCUGCACUUCAUCAUGCCGGAGAAGUUUGAGUUCUGGGAGGAUUUUGAGGAGGAUCACGGGAAAGGUAGAGAGAAUGGCUACCAGAGCCUUCACAAAGUCCUGGAGCCAUUUCUGCUGCGCAGAGUGAAGAAGGAUGUGGAGAAAUCUUUGCCAGCCAAAGUGGAGCAGAUCCUCCGGGUGGAAAUGUCUGCUCUGCAGAAGCAGUACUACAAGUGGAUUUUGACAAGAAACUACAAAGCUCUUUCAAAGGGAACAAGGGGAAGCACAUCUGGUUUCCUGAAUAUUGUGAUGGAAUUGAAAAAGUGCUGCAACCAUUGCUACCUUAUCAAACCUCCCGAGGAAAACGAGAGAGAGAAUGGCCUUGAGACCCUGCAGUCUUUGAUCAGGAGCAGUGGAAAGCUGAUCCUCUUGGACAAGCUGCUGACUAGGCUGCGGGAGAGAGGCAACAGAGUGCUGAUCUUCUCCCAGAUGGUGAGGAUGCUGGACAUCUUGGCAGAGUACCUGACUAUCAAACACUACCCUUUUCAGCGCUUGGACGGCUCGAUCAAGGGGGAGAUCCGAAAGCAGGCGCUGGAUCACUUCAACGCCGACGGCUCCGAGGACUUCUGUUUCUUGUUGUCAACAAGAGCUGGAGGGUUGGGAAUUAAUUUGGCCUCUGCUGAUACUGUUGUUAUCUUUGACUCGGACUGGAACCCCCAAAAUGAUCUUCAGGCUCAAGCCCGAGCUCAUCGGAUUGGACAAAAGAAGCAGGUGAAUAUUUACCGCUUGGUCACAAAGGGGACAGUGGAGGAGGAGAUCAUUGAGAGAGCCAAGAAGAAAAUGGUGCUGGAUCAUUUGGUUAUCCAGCGUAUGGACACCACUGGCCGGACUGUUCUGGACAACAACUCUGGGAGAUCCAACUCAAAUCCCUUCAACAAAGAGGAGCUGACAGCUAUUUUGAAGUUUGGAGCUGAAGAUCUUUUCAAGGAGCUUGAAGGGGAAGAGUCAGAGCCUCAGGAGAUGGACAUCGAUGAGAUUCUGCGUCUGGCUGAAACACGGGAGAAUGAGGUGUCCACCAGUGCCACCGACGAGCUGCUCUCACAGUUCAAGGUUGCCAACUUUGCAACCAUGGAGGAGGAAGAGACAGAGCUGGAUGAGCGGUCCCAGAAGGACUGGGAUGAUAUCAUUCCAGAAGAGCAGAGGAAGAAGGUGGAGGAGGAAGAAAGGCAGAAAGAAUUGGAGGAAAUAUACAUGCUGCCUCGAAUCCGGAGCUCAACGAAAAAGGCUCAGACAAAUGACAGUGAAUCUGAUGCAGAGACCAAGAGAAGGCUUCAGAGAUCAUCUGGGUCAGAAAGCGAGACUGACGAUACCGACGACGAGAAGAGACCGAAGCGCAGGGGACGCCCUCGGAGUGUUAGAAAAGACACUGUGGAAGGAUUUACUGAUGCUGAAAUCAGGAGGUUUAUCAAGGCUUACAAGAAGUUUGGAUUGCCUCUUGAACGGCUGGAGUGCAUUGCCCGGGAUGCUGAGCUGGUGGAUAAGUCUGUGGCUGACCUGAAGCGGUUAGGGGAGCUCAUCCACAACAGCUGUGUGUCAGCAAUGCAGGAAUAUGAGGAACAGCUGAAGGAAAAUCCAGCAGAAGGGAAGGGACCUGGAAAGAGACGAGGUCCUACCAUCAAGAUUUCUGGUGUCCAAGUCAAUGUGAAAUCCAUCAUCCAGCAUGAAGAGGAAUUUGAAAUGCUGCACAAAUCCAUUCCCUCGGACCCAGAGGAAAGGAAGAAGUACCGCCUGACGUGCCGUGUCAAAGCUGCUCAUUUUGAUGUAGACUGGGGAGUGGAGGAGGAUUCUCGCUUGUUAGUGGGAAUUUACGAGCAUGGUUAUGGAAACUGGGAGCUAAUUAAAACAGAUCCGGAGUUGAAGUUAUCUGAUAAGAUCCUACCGGUUGAGACAGAUAAGAAACCUCAGGGAAAACAGCUCCAGACCCGAGUUGAUUAUCUACUGAAACUGCUGAAAAAAGAUCUGGACAAGAAAGAAAACAUGAAAGAUGGGGAAGAGGGCAAGCUCAAGAAGAGGAAACCACGAGUGAAGAAAGAGAACAAGGCUCCCAAAGUCAAAGAUGAGCAUGGGAAUGAACUGUCCUCUCCUCGGCACUCAGACAACCAGUCAGAAGAAGGUGAAGUCAAGGAGGAUGGCUUGGACAAGAGCCCAGUGAAAAAGAAACAGAAGAAGAAAGAGAACAAAGAGAACAAGGAAAAACAGACAUCCUCUAAGAAAGAAAAGGAAAGCGAUAAAGAGAAAAAGAAGACAAAAGACAAGAAGGAGAAGCCUAAAGGUGGCGAGGCCAAGUCUGGAAGUAAAGGGAAGAGAUCACAAGGUCCCGUCCACAUCACUGCAGGGAGCGAGCCAAUCCCCAUUGGAGAAGAUGAGGAUGAUGAUCUGGACCAAGAAACAUUCAGCAUAUGCAAGGAAAGGAUGAGACCAGUCAAAAAAGCACUGAAGCAACUUGAUAAGCCUGACAAGGGACUGACAGUUCAAGAACAGCUGGAGCACACACGCAACUGCCUGCUAAAAAUAGGUGAUCGCAUCUCUGAGUGCCUUAAAGCCUACACUGACCAGGAUCACAUCAAGCUAUGGAGAAGGAACCUAUGGAUAUUUGUGUCAAAAUUCACAGAAUUUGAUGCCAGAAAACUACACAAACUCUACAAGAUGGCUCAUAAGAAAAGAUCACAGGAAGAGGAGGAGCAAAAGAAGAAGGAGGACAUGUCCAACAUGAAGAAGCAGUUCCGCCCAGAGCCUUCGGGCUCCAGCCGCGAUUCCGUGAUGUCCCAGUCCCACGUGCCUCACAAUCCUCAUUCCCAGAAGAUCCACAUGCCCCCUUCCCACACCCAGCAGCAGAUGCACGGGCACCCCCGGGACAACUACGGCCAUCCAAACAAGAGACAUUUCAGCAACACAGACCGAGGAGACUGGCAGAGGGAUCGGAAGUUCAACUACGGCGGCAACAGCAACCAGAUGUGGGGCGGGGAGCGGCACCACCAGUACGAGCAGCACUGGUACAAGGACCACCACUACGGGGACCGGCGGUCGCGGGGGGAUCCCCACCGGAGCUCCGGGAACUACAGACCAAACAACCUGUCCCGCAAGAGGCCCUACGAGCAGUACAACAGCGACCGAGACCACAGAGGCCACCGCGACUACUACGACAGGCACCACCACGAUUCCAAACGUCGACGGUCCGACGACUUCAGGCCUCAGAACUACCACCAGCAGGAUUUCCGGCGGAUGUCUGACCACAGGCCGCCCAUGGGAUACCAUGGCCAAGGACCUUCGGACCACUACCGGUCCUUCCACACAGACAAACUGGGGGAUUACAAACAGCCCCUCCCUCCAUCUCACCCUGCGGUGUCGGACCCUCGCUCGCCCCCCUCUCAGAAAUCCCCCCACGAUUCCAAGUCACCUCUCGAUCACAGGUCACCUCUGGAUAGGUCAUUGGAACAGAAAAACAAUCCAGAUUAUAACUGGAACAUUCGGAAAGCAUGAAGUGACUGAGAGGGCGAAGCGCACGUCUGAAAUACUGGGAUUGAUGCGACGGUGGCUGCUUUCUCCAAGCCAGCAACAAGAAACUCUGAACAUGCUGCUAUCAUCUGGCUGGGUCAAGGAAGAUUUUGGGGGAGUGGGUGGAGGAAGAUUUUCCCUAGUUCUUGAUUCUGGUUUAGAUUCCCAUUUCCUUUCCCCUUUUUUACCAUUGAACUGUUCUGUCAUGGAACCAGCCUUGCUGCCUCGUUUGUUGUUUUGUUUUUGUUUUCCUCAGUCCAAUGGACCCAAGGAGUUUUCCCCAGCCAGUGUUUCCUCAGAAGGAGAAGGCAGAUUGAUGCUGCUUAGGAUGGUGCAGAAGGCUGUGUGCCUGCUCUGACUUGAUGCUGCUUUGGGGUUGGGGAUAAACUGGUUGGGCUGGGAUUUGUAUGUCAUCAGCAUGGGGCAAUGGGAGGAUAUGUUCAAGGAGGGACAGGAAAGUCCCUCAGCAGCCAAACUUGGUUGAGAAAGGGACUUGAUGUCCCAGCAGAAUGACUCCAAAGGAGCUGGAGCCAUGCUGGUGACAAUCCAUCGCUUUCCUGGCCAUGUUAUCAUUUUCAUGUCUUUAUCCAUUUCAAGAAACUGGCUCUGCUUUGAUUGCUGUUGUGUCCCCUGCAACAGAAGAGGUGGGGGGGAUCUUCCUCCCAUCUCCAGAGCUGGAACUGGCAAAUCUUGACUCUGGGAGUAAGUGGGAGCUGGUUAAAAAAAGGCCAACAUCCUUAGCAAAGGCUUAGUUCAUGUCUAACCAGCAGAAGAAAUUGAAAGAAAUUGUGGUGAGAACAGUAUUUCUCAGUGGACAGGGCUCAGUAAUUCAUAACAAAACUCUUCUCUUCUGGCAUGGGCAGCUUGGGUGCUCCAGGAACUAACAGAUGCUGGCUGGGAGGUGCAAGAUCAAAAGAUGGUUCUGGGGAUCCUGGAACUCCUAAUCUUCCUGCCACUAAAAUCUCUGGUCUUUGGGCAAAUCACUUCUCUCUCUGUGCUUCACAAAGCAGUGAUCACAAACCUUUACUGUAAGUGAAAGAUAAGGAAUGGUAGAACAAAGUGAAGCAGGAAGGUGACUCCCUUUCCAGCAGUCAGCAGUGACUCUGAACUGCUGAAAGUACCUGCAUUUAUAGACCUUUUGUUUGUCUAAACUGGAAAUGAACCUGAGGACUUAGCACCUCAGUGAGCAGGGAGAGAAUGAGGAAUUCAGGACGGAUCCAUAAAGAUCCUUGGAGCAAAUGCCUUAGAGCCCAGGCAUGACAGAGGGAAAAGAGGAAUGUGCAGCCCAGCUCAGUGGACUUCAGGGCAAACACUCCAAGUAUUCAAACCACAGCAUUUGAUGCAAACCAGUGUCCGGCCUGGGCACUGGUGUGGUGAGAGGUUGGUUGUGCACAUCCUGCUGGCCAAAAGCACCUUGAGUGAUUAUUUUUCAGGUUGGAGUUCCCUGGAGACCACAAAAGCUGCCCCAAGCGUGGUGUCUGGGGCUGCAUCACCACCCAGAGCACAGUAUUAAAGACCAGGCAGUUCCAGACUCCUGUUAGGUGGGGCACAGAAGCUGGGCCUCCUGUUAAGAUGCCAGUAUUUGACUCUAAUAAGCUGUGAUGUCCCUUCCCCAAAAGACUGAGGGCAGAUGGGUGUUCAGGGCUGGCUUCCUGACUCCAGCCAGUGCCUUGGAAGGUGCAUGCAAACUGACACUAAUACUCCUCCAUGCAGUAUAUCCCUGGAAAUCUGCUGCCAUCACUCCUCCCCAUCCCGCUGCUCUAAGGGGACACACAGGAAGUGUUUUGUUCCCCUUUUGUUUUUAUGUUGCAAGAUUUCCACCGAAUUCAGGGCAGUUUUGUUUCCUUAGGGGCACUUGCUGCCCUGAUAAAGUGUUACACUUGUGUUUACCUGUGCAGGGCGAGCUGAAGGCAAGUCUUCCACAGUCCCCCUCGGAGGGGUGGGAGGUGUGGAGAGAGCACAUUUCCCACUAAGCUGUGAUUGCAGGCUGUGGUAUUCAACAAAGAGGUCCUUUCUUUUCAGAGGUAUUAGCUUUUAAUGUGAAAUGGAGGCAGCCUUGGAGGGGCACCGUGUUUUUGUCACGGCGUGGUGCUGUCACAGUGGGACGUUCGUGCCAUACUCGUGUAGCAAAGGCAAUACUGGCAACCAGUGUGAGGGCUGGUGCAGGAAACUUUGGAUCCCAGCAAGAGGCAUUUUCUGUGUCAAGAUGUGGGGGUUUCUGCUUAUCCCAGGUUCCAGGCACAAGGUUUGGGAUUUCCUUCUUGUGCAACAGCAAAAGCUUUACCCACACCCACUGGAGAGCUGUCCCCACUGUCACUUUAGCCUGAUGUUGAAGUCACAUCAUGUCCACUCAUGAUGGGUGAGUCUUUGCUGGGUUUGGCUUUAGUGAAGCUGGAGAAGGAGAUUUGGGAGAAAGUCUUCCCUGAGCACACAUACACAGACACUCUUAUGCAUUUUUUGUCCCCUCAGCAUAGGGACCAUAACCUAACACAGUCACGGGGACGGGAGUGGGAUCAGAGGGGACACAUCCACAGCCAUAAACUUCCCUGUGGUGUUUGUGUCAACAUUGGAACAGCUCUUCCUUCCUAACUAGCUGUGGGAUUCCCUCCAGCCUCUUUGCAGAAAAAAAGCAGUAACUUGCUGAGGUUCAAUUAAAAAAAAAAAAAAAAAAAAAGGAGUGUUUCAGCCUGACCUCUUUGGAAAUGGUGUACAAGUUAUGAGUUCACAUGGUGGAAAUACUGCAGACCAAAACUUGCUGUGGGGACAGGCGAUGGUCCCAACCAAAAUGGACACGGAACCGAGUGCUGAAGUCCUUGUGUGAACGGUUUGUGAUAAACACAAAAAUAUUUUUCUGCUUUCACCCGUUUCCUCCCCACCUCUGCCUCCCCUUUGGGGAGAGAAGGACUCUUACUGUAAAAAUACAGACUUUUAAACCUGUUGACUAAAAACAGUAAUUAAUAUUAAUUUAUAUUUGUGAAAGAAAUGCCACUGUCCUAGUGAUUUCUGAUGUAAAUAUGUUGUUUAUAUAGUAUGUAUGAAAUUUUCCUACAUUGUAAAACUGCUGUACUUUUGAUUCUUGUAUAUUAAAAAGUGUUACUGAGAUUUUCAGAA